AUGCCAAACCUGAGAGGGCCAAGACAAAAAAACAGGAAGCUGCUGGCUUGCGUAGUCACGUCAAGGCUGCUGUACGCAGCACCCAUUUGGUCCAAAUCAAUGUUGGUAAAAGGAUGGAAGAAACUGGCAGUCGUCCAUCGGCAGUCACAACUAAGAUCCCUGUGUUGCUACAGCACCGUUUCCUACGAGGCGGCUGCUGUUAUAUCCGGCAUCCCACCAAUCCGCUUGCUAGCAAAGGAGAGGAUGGACGUCUACAACGGGAAAAAUAAAGUAGAGGCGAGGAACGAACUCGUCAAAAAUUGGCAGAGAGAGUGGACCGAGUGCUCGAACGGAAAUGGUAAAUGGACACUCAGGUUCAUCCCUCAUAUUUAUGUGUGGCUUUGUUAA